AGUAUGAAUAUUUAUAUCUAAAUGGCGUUUUUAAAUAAAAUUAAUGAAGUUCCGGUAUGUUUUGUGAGGAUGCCAAUUAUGUGUUAUUCAGGUUCCCGUGCGGCUGUCGGGGGUUUCGGUGGUCACUGAUCCCAGCCCGAAAUAAAACACACUAUGUGUCGGGCCCUCCAAGCCAGUUGGAUCCCCUAAAUGCGUUGCAAACGGCGAAAAGACUGUUGUCGGGUUUUUGUGGAGCAACCCAAGAGAGAUCCGGAGAGUUGGCAGGGUUUUCAUGUGUUUUUGUAGGCACUGGCCAGGGGGUGCGGCCUAGCCGAGACCGCGGAUCGGUGGGAGGAUUUACGGCCUUCAGAAACACCAUAAGCUGUUUUUUUGGCUCAAAACUGCUAUUCCUGAGAAUAAACAUACGUGGAACUCGCUUCUGUAAAAGGGUUGUACCGAGGUGAUGAAGGUGGUCAAGCUCCUUUGCACUUUUGGCUGAUGCUCACAUCCAUGUCAAUUUGCUGUUUAAAUCAAGCCACAAAGUGUUCCUGAAAACAUCAUCACAUAAUUUAUUUUCCUAAUUUGUCAUUCUCACGUGCUGUCAAAAUAAGUUCCUCUCUGCCUCCCCACCUUUCCCAUCGUGGGCAGUCCAACAAUCCCAUCUCCCUGAAUUCGUCUGGAAAGAGGUUCAACUACGGCUCAAAGCUGAAUCCGUACACCCGAGCCCGGAUGACGGAGGCGUGGCAGCAGCAUGCUGUUGCCCCGCCUCCAGUGGUGCACACCAUCCCACCAGGUGCAGACACACUGGGCUGCACUGUCUACGGCAUCGUCCUCCAGCCGGACACAACAUUGCAACAACAGCAACAACAACAACAGCAGCAGCAGCAACAAUCCCAGCAACAACAGCAACAUCACAGUCAGCAGCACAACCAGCAGCAGCAUCCGGCACAAGCACAGCAGCCUUCUUUGCACGUUGGAAGCGAGGGAGGACAUAAGUGUGGUGCAUGUGGCCAUGACAUCUCACAUCUGGCCAAUCCACAUGAGCACCAGUGCAUGGUGAGCCAAGACCGUUCGUUUCAGUGCACGCAGUGUCUGAAAAUCUUUCACCAAGCCACUGACUUGUUGGAGCACCAGUGCGUCCAGGUGGAGCAGAAACCCUUUGUGUGCGGAGUGUGCAAGAUGGGCUUUUCCUUGCUCACUUCGCUAGCACAGCAUCACAAUGCCCAUAACAGCGGCAACCCCAUGAAGUGCUCCAUAUGUGAAAAAACUUAUCGUCCGGGUUCUGGAAAUGCCACUCCAACUUCGUCAACGGCCACUCCAGGGCAACCAUCCAACGACGAAGCGUCGUCCAGUGGCAGCGCUGCCGUUGGAACGUCAGGCCAGCCUACGUUUGAACCUUCGCAACCUGACAGGCCCUACAAGUGUUCAGUGUGCUCCAAGGGCUUCCGUCACUUAUCCGAGCUCACCCGCCAUGAACGUGUCCACACGGGCGAGAAGCCUUUUAAAUGUGAAACGUGCGAUAAAAGCUUCAGCCAGUCCUCUCAUCUAGCCCACCACCAGCGUACUCACAGCUCAGAACGGCCAUUCAAGUGUGCGGUAUGUGAGAAAAGCUUCAAGCACCGAUCCCAUCUAGUCCGUCACAUGUACGCCCACUCGGGCGAGCACCUAUUCAAGUGCAACCUUUGCGAGUUGCACUUCAAAGAGUCUUCCGAGCUUCUCCACCACCAGUGUCAGCCGCAAGGUGCUCGGCCGUUUCGCUGCGCCACGUGCGGGAAGGGCUUCAAGCGUCCGUCCGACCUGAGACAGCAUGAACGCACCCAUUCGGAGGAGCGCCCAUUCCACUGUGAAGAUUGCCAGAUGAGCUUUAAGCAACAGUACGCCCUGGUCCGCCACCGGCGCACGCACAAACCCUCCGCCGACCGCCCCUUCAAAUGCAACCUGUGUGACAAGGGUUUCCUGCAGCCGUCCCACUUGUUGUACCACCAGCAUGUUCACGGCAUGGACAACCUUUUCAAGUGCGCCUCCUGCGGCAAGGGCUUCAGUCAGUCUGGGGAGCUGCUCCGUCACAAAUGUGGCGAGUCCUCCUCGACACCCACCAAUCCAGACAAGCCCUACAAGUGUGACGUGUGCGGGAAGGCCUACAAAAAGGCCACCACGCUACAACGCCAUCAGAAUUCCCACUGCACCGAGAAGCCUCUCAAAUGCUCGCUGUGUGACCGACGCUUCCUGUCCUCCUCAGAGUUUGUGCAACACCGAUGCGACCCGUCCCGGGAGAAGCCCUUGAAGUGUCCCGACUGCGAGAAACGCUUCAAGUACUCCUCGGAGAUGCAGCGGCACAGGCGGGUCCACACCGGAGAGAAGCCCUACAAGUGCGCCAGUUGCGACAAGGGCUUCAAGCAGCGGGAACACCUGGCCAAGCAUCAAAGCGUGCAUGCCAGAGAUGCCCAGUUUAAAUGUGUAUGGUGUGGAGAGCGUUUUGCAGAUCUAGGAGCCCUUCAGGAGCAUACUGUCCAGCACACGGCUGAAGGCGGGGGGUACCCUGUGUCCUCUCUCAUUCAGUAACUUGUGCCCCCGAUUACCAUUUGCAAAGGUAUUAGCAAUCUCAGCAAACUACCCCAGUCAAAUGAAUUCUUACAAGGCCCAGUAACCUUAUAAUACCUCAUUUUGUAACAUGCUCAACAAGUAGUUAUUCCUUUCUUGACACCAAGAGGCAUACUUUAUUUGGGUUUGAUUGGCAAAGAGUUAUCGAUUGUUGGUUUACAUCUGAAACCAAUCAAUGAACUCUAUCCCAGAUAGCACUGUGACCCUAGUCCAGUAAGGUGGCAUUUGCCCUCCAUCGUGGCUCCCUGACACAAUGUGGUUCGCAAUGCCCCGAUCAAAUCUCUAGAGCACAAAUGAUUUGGUCUGCAACUAUUUGUUCAGUCUUGAUACAUUUUUUGGUAGUACCUAGUACGGUUGAAACUGCUUACUGUGUGCCUCUACGUAAUAACUCUACUAGCCUUGCUCCCAAUGUGCAUACCUUUGGAGCACCUCCGGCAGCCUACUGUGCGCAUUUAGUUCGCCCCACAGCUAAAGACAAAACAAAAAGGGGGACAAAGUUGUGCUGUUGAACUGUUGAAACUGUCUGUAUAUGUCAAUGUUGACGUUCCCCUCAUUGUGGCAACUAAUGGUAUGUACCAAAAACCAUCAUUGUACUGUACCACACCUUAAUGGGACAGAUCGUUAACCAGCAGAAGUAUAACGACCUCAGACGGUCUCUACAUUUCACUGAGAUUAUACAUAAAUAUAUAGAAUCUAUAUAGAAAUCUUGUAUACAAACAGUUCAUAUUACCACGAGAAUCAGUACAGCUGUCCUGAAAAUUGCCUAAAAAACCUGAAAAGGCUUCCUGUAUUACUGUAUGUACAUAGUUAGUAUGUAUGCAACUUGUUUACCAGUCCUGUCAUUAGAUAUUGCGUUGUCUUUCUUAAACUGCACCACGGUUUUAUAAGUAGCUUUCCAUGUGAAGUUCUGAUUCAUACAUUCUUUACAUUUCGUUUCGGAUUUGCCUUUUUACAAUUGAUUUCAGCCUCUUUGUAGAUGUAGUUCGGAUUGUUAUUGGUGUGUUCAAGGUUGUGCGAAAGUUGAGUCUGUUUUUAUAAAGGUUUUUGCCCCUUGCCCGAUCACCCACUCCCUCAUACAGGACUCACGUACUUGAUGUACAGUACCCUAAGUGUCAUUCUUCCUCUACUGUAUAGAUUUAUACAUGUGUUUGAUCUCUAAUCUGCCAACACCAUGUCUUGCCUGCAGUCAUUUGCCUUUCGCAACAUGACAGCGAGUCGUUUUUUGUUAUUCUUUUAUAAAACCGUAAGAUCAAAGACUUUUUCCCGCAGAAUCCAGGAGGGAAAGUGUUUGUUUUGGGCCUCUAAGGCCUUGACUUAAAUGCACGUCAUUCUGAUGUUUUUGUUAGUGAAUGUCUGUUGCAUACUCAUUAAACAAUAACAAGUUCUUUUGAGAUUUUUUUUUUUUUUUAAACUGACACUUACUACAUUCGUAGUACGUACAUAUUUGAUUUAGGGGUAAGUGGUACUCAUACAAGAGCAAUCUUUCGUUUUUAAAUCAGAUACUCUCUUUUUUUUUUAAUAUUAGAAGAAGCUACCAUUUUUUUUAUUGGUCUACAAAGCUGUCCAAGUCUUGAUUUGCCACCUUUUUUUCCCCCCCUUUCCAUCCACAUCACAAUUUCUCAUCAUCCUGGGGCAAAAUGACAUUCUCAGCUCUGUUGCUUAUGCAGUAUUAUGUGUUGAACAUUGGCCCUUUAGGUGCAUCUCCCUCUUGCAGUUAGGUUUCGCCUAGUACUGUACAGCGAGGUUAGAGGUGAUAGCGACACUUUGGCCUUAAGCAGGGGCGUCUAGUUUCUCCGCAGAGCCCUUUGCCUCCAAUUUGCUUCCCCUUUAUAGUAUCUAUUUAUCCAUCGUUUUAAAAACCGAGGGGCUUUUUUUUAAACUGUAGGCAUUACGAAUCAGUGAGCAGUUGGAUUUGAAAACUAUGUUGUGUUUUUUUUUAUGUUUUCACGUUUGUAUAUUAAUUUUUUUUAUUAAUAUUGUUUAAAAUCUCUAUAUAAAUAUCUAUAUUCUUGGCAGACGUGUCAGGACCACAGGGGAACGUUAAGAUCAAUGGCCUUCCUCUAUGGUUUUGAGACCUCUCCACCCCGUGCAUGCCUGCUGUGUUAGUUCCCGUAAUCUGUUCCAAGUAUCUGCGCUUCCGAGCGCACAUACAUCUUAGCUUUUUUUCAAAUUGUAGAUUGUGAAUGAGCUAGUAAGAAAACUUCAUGUGGCGGUUGAUGUGACAUUCAUGCUGAAAUAUCUGUAUGUAGCAUUUAAUAUACACAGCACUAACUAAUAAACUUUUUCAUUAAUAA